AUGUCCAGCGGCGUGACUCAGAAGCUAGCCCACUUCGGCAAGCCCCAGGCCCUCACUGGUCUGUCCAAGACCGAGUUCGUCAUCUCGAAGCUCGAUCAAAUUGUCAACUGGAUCAGGAAGGGUUCAAUCUGGCCCAUGACCUUCGGUCUUGCUUGCUGCGCCGUCGAAAUGAUGCACGCCGCUGCCUCUCGCUACGACAUGGAUCGUUUUGGAAUCGUGUUCCGUGCUAGCCCUCGUCAGUCCGACGUAAUGAUUGUGGCCGGUACGCUCACCAACAAGAUGGCCCCCGCCUUGCGGAAGGUCUACGAUCAGAUGCCCGAGCCCCGCUACGUCGUGUCGAUGGGAAGCUGUGCCAACGGCGGCGGCUACUACCACUACUCCUACGCGGUCGUGCGCGGUUGCGAUCGGGUGGUGCCCGUGGACAUCUACGUGCCCGGCUGCCCUCCCACCGCCGAGGCUCUCCUCUACGGCCUCAUGCAGCUCCAGAAGAAGAUCGCACGCGAGAGGAAUCUUCUCAGCUGGUACCGCAAGUAA